CCCCCCUACACUCCACACCCCACACACAUGCACAAAACAUGUACGUACAUCAACAAAACUCUAGAUGCCACACCAGGCCUCCCACAUCUCAUGCACAAGAUGAGCAGAAAAGAGAGAGAGAGAGAGAGAGAGAGAGAGAGAGAGAGAGAGAGAGAGAGAGAGAGAGAGAGAGAGAAACAGAGCUGUGUUUCUGACUGAUGAUGAGGUGGGUCCAAAGAUUUACAGCCACAGAACAGAUGUAAAAAAAAAAAAGAAAGGGGGAUAGUAAAGUGAGCGAGAGUGUGAUUCUGCUACAGAAUUGUGAAAAAUACAGAGGAGAGGACUAAAAAGAAGAGGAAAUAAGAAAAGUGGAAGAGACAGAGAAAGAGAGAGAGAAAGAACCAGAAAUAGCGACAGACAAAAGGAGUGAGGUGAGUUUUUACUAUAAAUUACUGAAGAUGUCUUUAAUAAUGAGCACAUGUAUUACUACUACUUAUACUACUAAUAAUAAUGAUGAUAAUACAGAUGUUCAGACACAACCAGUUUCACCUGCUUACACUUCUGAUGACCAUCUGUCUCCAUGUCACCUUGGGUGUGAGAGCUCAAUACAAGCAGAGGCAGAUGGACAGUGAGUUGAAGCCGUAUGUGGGUCGAGUGGAUGCAGCGUUCCUGUGUGAGUUAAUGAAGUGUUAUAGUCCUGUUGGAUCUCAGUGUCAGGUGGUGAAGAAUGAAGACAUUCUUAUCCCACAGUGCGUUUGUCCAACAACCUGCCCUCAGCAGGUGGCCCCAGUGUGCAGUGUUGUGGGUAAAACCUACAUCAGCGAGUGUCUCCUUCACAAAGAGGCAUGUCGCAAAAAGCGCCGCAUUGAAAGGCACACAAUGGACCAUGUCUGGAGGUUGGAGUGUGUUCAGAGCAGGAGUUGGGUCAGUUCCCUUACAGGCUGCUUGACUGGUUUUUUGUAAUCAGCAGAAUAGGAAAACGAUACACAGCCACACACACUUCAAGCUGCACCACGUACACGCAGAGAGUACAGCUUGCACAGAUCAUGUGACAGGAACAGGAACAAUAAAGUGACUGUGAGUGAGUGGACUUCGUGUUUGGUGGAUCGAUCAGAGCAGUGGUUUAAUCAGUACAUGUGUAAGUGAUGAUUUGUGUUUAUUUGUAUCAUUGUUGUGUUUAUUGUUUAUGCCAAUUGUGUUUGUCACUAAAAUUUUGUCCUAAAAUGAUUUUUAACAGCAGUAAAAAUGGGUUCAAGGAAACUGUGUGCUCAUCUGAGCAGCAUCGAAUCGAAUCAAAUGCAGCAUGGAUCAGAAUCGAAAUGAUUUUCUGUAAUAUUUUUUAUUCCUGUGUAUUAAUCCCAAAUAAUUCUGUUUAGUCCCAAUAAUAAACAAUUUCAAUACUCA